UGAAGGGAGACGCCAGGUAUUCCCCGCGAAGGUGCUCAGUCACAAGCCAAGCCAGAAGCAAUUACCCGACUGAAUGGCAGAGGCGGGGACCCCCUAGAAACCCGCACUACCGCCGGUUCGGGAGCUCUGAGCCUCCCCAUGAGGACUCUAGAAGUUCCUUCGGAGUCCCGAAGAGGUGUGUACCUCAGUGUUCAAGUACGACCGAGGCCGUGGGCUGAGUACGUUUCUGGCUGCAUUCGAGCCUUCAACCGCGACCCCACCUUCCCAACCCGUCCAGCGUCUCACCCGACGCGGGAACAGCUCCAUUCACUUCGUGCGCCACCGCCAUCUUGCCGCGACAGGCGUGGGAAGCCAGGACCUCCCUAACCUCGCUGAGUGUGCCGGGGGCGGGGCCCGGAAGCGGAACUGAAAAGCUUUUCCGUCACACCCAACACAUUCCCACAAUGCUUCACGGCAGCCGCAAUGGAGGCUGGAAGUACAGCUGUCCUCCGGGUGAAGCGGAAGCUCGGCGCAGAGCCCGCCGAGGCUUUGGUCCUCGCUUGUAAACGCCUCCGCUCCAGCGCAGUUGAAUUGGAAACUCCAAAGACGUCUCCAGAGGAUCUGGAGAGAGCAGCAGAAAAUAAUAUCUUCCAGUUGGUGGCCACCGUGCGCUCACAGGAGGAGCCAGUCCAGCCGCUCCUGCGGGCCGCCCUGCGCCCGUCCCAGGGCAGCCAGCAACGUAUCCGCCAUCAUCUCCGCGCCUCUGCUCGGGAGAUCCGACAGGAAGGCCGCUACAGAGUAGUCUCUAGCCACCGAUCCUCGGGAAUUCCCUCGGACAGCUUGGAGUCCGAGGAUGCGUCAGGAACCCCAAAAGCCGCCGACGACGCAAGCUUUCAGCUAUUAGACCUGGUCCACGAAGAGGAUGCAGAGGUCGCCGCCGCCGCCGCGAUCUCCUGCAAAAAAUCUGACCCAGAUGUGAUCCUCUGCAACUGUGUAGAGUUGAUCCGUGAGGGGUUGAAUGUCUCUCAAUAUGGACCAAGUUCUGGGCAUCAGAAGGAACAAAAGGACGACUUUGUGUAUGACAUUUACUAUUUGGAAAGGGCGACUCCAAGAUGGAUUGAGAACAUCCUCUCUGUGCAGCCCUACAGCCACGAGUGGGAGUUGGUGAAUGACGACCAACAACCAGAGGACAUUUAUGAUGAUGAAGAUGACGAAAACAGUGAGAAUAACUGGCGCAAUGAGUACCCAGAGGAGGAGAACAGUGACGAAGAUUCCAGAGGCUCUGACAAUUACAGCAGCGUCAGCGAAGAAGAAAGAGACAACGGCAGACCACCAAUGUGGAGCAAAUACCCUUUGGAUGUGCAGAAGGAGUUUGACUAUGACAGCCCCCAUGACCUCGAUUCAGACUGAUGAUCCUGUGAUAACCACGAGGUUCUACAAGCCCCUGGGGGAUCUGUGACUGCAGGGUCCACCACAGUAGUUAGCAUCCUCCUAGUCUAGUAUAGGGAAAGAAAAAGCAUAUCCACCAGCACCAUUCCACCACAGGGAAAACAUGCACUAAGCGAAUGUCCUUUCUACUAUCUGUAGGGCCUGUUUAUCUUGAUCAAAAAUCAACCCUAAAAAAAAUAAUAAUUAAAAAAAAAAAUCAACCCUACAGUCCACAGGGGGGAAAUGCUAUAAAAGCGAAGCUUCCUGGCCCAGGCAUUUUCCCAGCAUUCCCAAUCUCCUCCUACGCUGAAACCAGUUAAGUGGAAGAGAGUCUCAUUUUAUCAGCACUAAGACUGGGCUUUUCCAGGUUACCUGCCUCUAGUAAAAGCCAGUUUCUUUCGAUAGAGGGACUCUAGAAAGGCUGCAGUGAGUCCCUUGAAGUGGCACAGACUGGACAGUAAUGGCCAUUAGGAAAGGAAGUAGAAUCUGCCUGUGAUGUGAGGUUUUAAACAGCUAUCCCUACCUCCCUGCUUCCUACUCUGAUAACAUGUGUAAAGAUUGCUUGUUUCCUCCGGCAGUGGUGCCAAGGAACAAGGUAUGUAUAAAUGUAUUUAAUAAAAGCUUUGAACAUUGGGAGCAA